ACAGAAAGAAAUAGCCAACUAUGACUCUUGUAGUUUUCUUCUUCACCACCUAUUCCAUCAAAACUGCUUUUCCUUCUUAUGUCAAUUUUCCAUUUUUCUUUCACACCCAAGCAUAUGCCAUUCUUCUUUCUCACUGCUCCUCCAAUUUUAAGUGAUGGAGCUGAAUCUAUAAGUCAUCAAGCAAUCAAAUUCCUUGCCUUUUGACUCUGUGUUACAUUUUUAAUAGAAAAUAUGUAGACAGUCUUAUUUCAGCUGCAGCCACAGAAUUUUGCUUUCAACCUCAUGCAAUUUUACUGAGUUCCUGAUACAAAAUGAAAACAAUUUUUGGGAUCCCAUAUUAACUUUUGUUGAAUUGAAUUUUUUUAUAACUGCGGUGUCCGGGCCAGCUUAAUUCCACGACCACCGACAACAGGGUAUUAGUGGUGAAGGAUAGCAUGUAAUUUACUCCUCAAGAGGCAAUAUCAAUUGAUUCAGAAUAUUUAUCCAGCAAAACACAAAUUGACAUGGAUUGUUGCUUCUUUGGUGCCCGGAAAAAGGGUGGUCAUCUUGUUAAUCAUGAUACAAGAGAUACAGGAGGCCACUCCAUUGCGAGUACAAAGAACUUUUCAUUUAGUGAAUUACAAUUAGCAACCAACAACUUCCAACAAACUAAUAAAAUAGGACGAGGCGGUUUUGGCACAGUAUACAAGGGAACUCUAAAAAAUGGAAAAGAAAUCGCUGUGAAGACACUUGCGGCGGAAUCAAGGCAGGGUUUGCGGGAGUUUUUGAAUGAAAUCGAGACAAUAUCAAAUGUCAGACAUCCAAAUCUAGUUGAGAUAGUUGGAUGCUGUGCUGAUGGAAAUAACCGGAUUUUGGUCUACGAAUAUUUAGAAAAUAGGAGCCUUGAUCGAGCACUGUUUGGUUCCAGGACUAGUAUUAACUUAGAAUGGGACAAAAGAGCUACUAUUUGCUUGGGUACUGCUCAAGGUCUUGCAUAUCUACACGAAGAACUAGUGCCACAUAUAGUGCACAGGGACAUAAAAGCUAGUAAUAUUCUGCUUGACAAGGAUUAUACACCAAAAAUUGGAGAUUUUGGGCUUGCCAAACUUUUCCCAGAUAGCAUCACUCAUAUCAGCACAAAGAUAGCAGGAACAACUGGCUAUCUGGCACCUGAAUAUGUAUUAGGGGGACAAUUAACGAUGAAGGCUGAUGUUUACAGUUUUGGGGUCCUAAUACUGGAAACAGUAAGUGGCAGGAGCAGCAGCAGCAGUAUUUGGCAGAGCGAUAAGAUGUCACUUCUUGAAUGGGCCUGGCAGCUCUAUCAAGAUGGAAAGAUGUUGGAGUUGGUGGAUGAAGAAUUAGAUGAUUUCCCGGAAAAAGAAGUCGUCAGGUACAUGAAGGUAGCUCUUUUUUGCACCCAAGCAAAUGCAAACAGAAGACCAAUGAUGAGCCAGGUUAUUGAGAUGCUUUCAAGAGAUAUCCGACUAAAUGAGAAAGAACUUACACCACCUGGUUUCUUCCAAGAUUCUGGAGAAAGCAUGCGAUCAAAAUCGAAGUUGUCUGAAUGCAGUACUAGUCAACAGAGUUCUGUACCUCCCCCAAUCACUCAGGUGACCCCUAGAUAAUCAUCCUUGGUGACCCCGGCACUUGAAUCAUUCUUCCUGUAAGAUUAUUUGCAGCUUAAGGUGACGUUUGUUUGAUAGUUUCUAAAAUUCAGUUUGCAAACUUGUUUAGUUUGGAUAACUUUUCUACUAUGAAGAUUUCCGAUUUAGUUUUUCAAUCCUUCAAAAAGUCAAAACUAGUUUUUCGAGUUUCUGAAAUAGUUAGAAAGCUGAAUUUGAAAAUAUUGAAAGAAAAAAACUUUUUUCGUGAAUGUAGUUCAAGCACUUUCAAACGUUGAGUUUGCAAACUCAAAUUUUAGAAAAUGUCAAACAAACGCUACCUAAGUUUACAGAAGAUUGACAAUGCAGAAUUAGUGACAUAGGAAGGCAUUGCCAAUGUUCCUUGACAAAAUUCCAUAAAUUCAUGUGUUCUAUUUUUGAUAAAAAGGUUUAUCCUUCAGUGCUGUAGUUUCCCCACCCUUUUUCCCCCUUUACCUUUCUGUUUCCUUUGUGACUGGUACUAUAGGUGAUUAUGAUUGCAGUUAUUGAGCCCAUAACUUAAAUUGUA